UCUUAUCCUAAUUUUUGGUAAAUCGUUACAGCCCAGAUAGAUAAAUGAACGCCCUUGAAUUAACAAACUAGCAUAAAUAAAUUAACAAAUGGACACAAUACAAAGUGUACUCGGCUUGGAGUGGAUAGGCGGCAGGAGUAUUUUGAUAUUUCUGUUUGUUUUUCUGUUGUUGGCUGAUGUCUUGAAGAACAGGGUGUCGCCCAACUUUCCACCAGGACCGUGGGCUCUUCCUUUUAUCGGAGACCUUCAUCGUGUUGAUUCCACACGACUCCACCUGCAGAUCAGAGAGUUUGCAGAGAAAUAUGGAAACAUUUUUAGCCUUCGACUCUUUGGUGGAAGGAUUGUGGUCCUCAAUGGCUACAAGCUUGUGAGAGAGGCCUUGGUCCAAAGAGGAGAGGACUACAUGGAUCGUCCUGCCAUACCGUUGUUUCACACUUUAGUUGGAAAUAAAGGUCUGGUGGUAUCAAAUGGAAAUCAAUGGAAGGAGCAGAGGAGAUUUGCUCUUCGUACGCUCAGAAACUUUGGUUUGGGCAAGAAGUCACUGGAGCCAUCCAUCCAGCAGGAGUGCCAUUUCCUCACUGAGGCAUAUGCCCUUCAACAAGGCAAGCCUUUUAAUGCCCAGUCACUGAUAAACAGUGCUGUGUCCAACAUCAUCUGCUGCCUGGUGUUUGGGGAUCGCUUUGAGUACACUGACAAGCAGCACCACAUGAUUCUUCAGACCUUCAAUGAGUUACUGUACUUGGAGGGAGGUUUUUGGGCACAGGUUUAUAACACGUUACCCUGGCUGAUGAAGUGGCUGCCUGGACCACACCAGAAGAUAUUCACACUGACACAAAAUAUAAUUGACUUCAUACACAUCAAGAUUGAAGAACACAGAGAAAGCUUUGACCCUUCAUCACAGAGAGACUACAUCGACUGCUUCCUCACAGAGAUGGGCGAGAUGAAGGACAAAGAUUCUGGUUUUGACUUAAAUAAUUUAAAGAUCUGCACUAUGGACCUGUUUGUUGCUGGAACUGAAACCACUACCACUACUUUACACUGGGGACUGCUGUACAUGAUCUACUACCCUCACUUCAAGAGAGUCCAGGCUGAGAUAGAUACUGUUGUUGGCUCAUCCAGACAGCCCUCUAUGACGGACAAAGAAAAGAUGCCCUAUACUGAUGCAGUCAUCCAUGAAAUCCAGAGAAUGGCCAACAUCCUUCCCCUAAAUGUGGCUCGCAUGACAAGCAAGGACACUGUGCUCGACAAGUACAAGCUUCCAAAGGGCACCCUUGUCUUGCCCACACUGGUCUCGGUUCUAUGUGAUGAGUCGAUGUGGGAAACUCCACACACAUUCAACCCUCAACAUUUUCUGGAUGGGGACGGCAAAUUUAGAAAGAGAGAAGCCUUCCUUCCUUUUUCAGCAGGGAAGCGUGUGUGUCUUGGGGAGCAGCUGGCCAGGAUGGAGUUGUUCCUCUUUUUCACCUGCCUCCUUCAGAGGUUUUCUUUCUCAGCACCUGCUGGAGAGCCGCCCACUCUGGAGUUUAAGUUAGGGGCAACUCUGUGUCCCAAACCUUACCGCCUCUGUGCCGUACCACGAUAAACCACCAAUGUCCCAAACUGUACCAUCACAAACAAAAUGAAUCACUGUUUUCACUUUGAUUUGAACUAUCUACUGUUAUUUUACAUACAUUACACAUUGUUUUCUUUUCCUUACUCAGUAGGCCUUUUAGGCUUUU